AUGUCGAUGUUCAAGGACGACGUUCUGGAUGUUAUCUUGUCGCAACGCGACAAACGAAACGAGGCUAUGAACAUGGCCAUGGAGGCCGAUAUGGAUGCAGUCGCAGAACCCUCGAUGUUCCCCCCGGAAUUGACCCGCCGAUACACCUUGAAUUUCAAGCCCCUCACUCCUUCGGGGUCCAGCAGUGAGCGCGAGGGCAAGGCUCUUGCCGUCCGGAAUGUGCGAGCUGAGCAUCUCGGUAGCUUGAUCACCGUCCGCGGUAUCACCACUCGUGUCUCGGACGUCAAGCCUGCGGUUCAGAUUAACGCCUAUACUUGUGACCGCUGCGGAUCUGAGGUUUUCCAACCGAUCACUACGAAGCAGUUCAUGCCCAUGACGGAAUGUAUGUCGGAAGAGUGCAAGAAGAACAACACCAAGGGGCAGUUGUUCCUUUCCACUCGUGCUUCCAAAUUUGUUCCCUUCCAGGAGGUGAAAAUCCAGGAGAUGGCAGACCAGGUACCAGUCGGCCAUAUCCCUCGAACCAUGACCAUUCACUGCCAUGGAAGUCUCACUCGACAAGUGAACCCCGGUGAUGUGAUCGAUCUUGCAGGAAUCUUCCUGCCUACCCCUUACACGGGUUUCAGGGCUAUCCGCGCCGGUUUACUGACUGACACCUACAUCGAGGCUCAGCACGUCACCCAGCACAAGAAAUCAUACAACGAGAUGGCCAUGGACAGCCGAACUCUUCGGAAGAUUGAGCAAUACCAGAAGUCCGGAAACAUGUACGAGUACCUGGCACGGUCGAUUGCCCCCGAGAUUUACGGCCACCUUGACGUGAAAAAGGCACUGCUUCUUCUCCUCAUUGGAGGUGUCUCGAAGGAGAUGGGUGAUGGUAUGCAUAUUCGUGGAGAUCUCAACAUUUGCCUGAUGGGUGACCCCGGUGUUGCCAAAUCUCAAUUGAUGAAAUACAUCGCCAAGGUUGCCCCUCGAGGUGUGUACACGACCGGUCGAGGAAGCAGUGGUGUCGGUCUCACGGCUGCCGUGAUGCGAGACCCGGUGACGGAUGAGAUGGUGCUGGAGGGUGGUGCGCUGGUCUUGGCCGAUAACGGCAUCUGCUGUAUUGAUGAAUUCGACAAGAUGGAUGACGCAGACCGGACUGCUAUCCAUGAAGUGAUGGAACAGCAGACAAUUUCCAUCUCCAAGGCUGGAAUCACCACCACGCUCAACGCUCGCACGUCCAUCCUGGCGGCCGCUAACCCGCUCUAUGGACGAUACAACCCCCGGAUCUCCCCGGUGGAGAACAUUAACCUGCCCGCUGCAUUGCUUUCGCGUUUUGAUAUCAUGUUCCUUAUUCUCGACACGCCUUCGCGCGAUGGCGACGAAGAACUGGCACACCACGUCACCUAUGUCCAUAUGCACAACAAGCACCCCGAGACCGAGGAUGCCGGUAUCAUGUUCACUCCCCACGAGGUCCGUCAGUACAUCGCCAAGGCGCGCACCUACCGACCAGUCGUCCCGUCGACCAUUUCGGAUUACAUGGUCGGGGCGUACGUGCGGAUGCGAAAGGACCAGAAGACCGACGAGGCCAACAAGAAGCAGUUCUCUCACGUCACGCCUCGGACUCUGCUGGGUGUUGUCCGUCUUUCGCAAGCCCUUGCGCGUCUUCGUUUCAGCGAUGUCGUCGUCACGGAGGACGUCGACGAGGCUCUGCGUCUUGUCGAGGUCGGCAAGGCUUCCCUGGCCAACGAUGGUCACGGCGGCGGUGACCAGAGCCCCACCAGCAAGAUUUACAACCUGAUCCGCCACAUGCGCGACAGCGGUGCUGCUGCCAUUGGAGAUGGUGAGGAGGGUGCGCUCAGCAUGCGCAGAAUCCGGGAGCGGGUUCUCGCCAAGGGCUUUACGGAGGAUCAGUUGGCGGUGGCCAUUGGCGAGUAUGAGAGUGUCAAUGUCUGGCAAGUUCUCGGAGACGGUACACGCUUGGUGUUCCUUGACAUUGAUGGAGAAAUGGCUGAGUGA